CAUAUUUGAAGCAAUCACAUGAGCGCGCAUAUCCCCCUCCUUUUCUCCCCGGAGACGUGAACGAGCGCGGCCUUCUCGCUUCACCCCCACCAGUGUCUCGGAAACCGCCCAAAAACCGGCGGAAACCCCGGGGCAGCGGGCGGCACCGAGGCCCUGCAGCGUUGGAGAGCAGCUCCGUGAGGGUCUUUCAGACAUGGCCACCCCAGACGUCAGUGUGCACGUGGAAGAAGUGGUGGUGGUAACCACACCUGAUCACAUUAUGGACGGGAGUGGCAUGGAGAAGGUGAAAGCUGUUCUUGUUACCACCAACAGGACCCUGUCAGAAGAAGCCUUGGAGUCUGAGAACGUAGCUGCCGCAGCUGCAGCGGCGUUUGGUGCUUCUGACCUAAAUGAAGCUGUAUUAGUGAAGAUGGGGGAUGAGGAAGAGGAGGCUCUGGAGGCAGAAAUCGCUUAUCCUAUUACCUGCGGAGACAGCAAGGCCGAUCUCCUAUGGAGGAAGUUUGUGUGUCCGGGGAUUAACGUCAAAUGUGUACAGUAUAAUGAUCACUUAAUAAGUCCGAAGGAAUUUGUUCAUCUGGCUGGAAAAUCCACGCUGAAGGACUGGAAGAGGGCAAUUCGUAUGAAUGGUGUUAUGCUCAGAAAGAUAAUGGACUCUGGAGAGCUAGAUUUUUAUCAGCACUCAAAGGUCUGCUCGAAUACCUGCCGAAGCACCAAGAUCGAUGUGACGGGGAGCCGCGUGUCGCUCUGCAGCCAGGUGUCUACAGAGUACAUUCCCAUCACAACUGCUUCCGGUGAGAAUUUUACAGUGAAUGGAAACCCAACAACAAUCACAAUUGAAACCUGUGAAAAUUCAGGAGAGUGGUGUAGCACCGUCGCUGAUGAUACCCUUUGUUUCUGGCAAGGUUUGCGGGAUGCAGGGCUCCUGGGGGAAGUCAUUCAAGAAUUUCAUCAGGAGCUGCUGGAGACUAUGAAAGGGCUAAAGCAGCGACUGCAGAUGCCACCCAUCCAGCUACAAGAUGCCAUGUUGCUCAACAACAUUGUCCAAAACUUUGGGAUGUUGGACCUCAUUAAGAAAGUGUUAGCCGGUCACAAGAGCCAAGUGGACCGCUCCAGGGAGCAAUACACAAGGGACUUGGCAGCGCUGGAGCAGCAGUGUGAUGAGCAUCGACGAAGAGCCAAGGAACUGAAACACAAAUCCCAGCACCUAAACAACGUCCUGAUGACCCUGACGCCAGUCAAUGCACCCCCACCUGCCAAACGACCACGAUUGACCAGAGCCACUUCAGGUCCGGCCUCCAUCAGCUCCCAGAUCUCUUCUCAGCAAACACAGAUCACCCUGCCGCAAGGGAUGUCCAUCUCUCAGCUGACCGGUUUGCCCUUUAGUAAACUACUUUCCGCCUCCAUCCCCUCCUCCUCCAGCUCCACUAUCAUAAACAGGAACUCUAGCUCUCAGGCCAGUUCUCCCUCCUCCAUUUUGGGGGGUUAUACUAUACUUACCCCUUCAGGGAGCAAUUUUCCCAGCACACUGGAGAUUCACCCCAACUCCUCCAACCUCACUGUGCUGAGUACGGCAGCUAUGCAAGACAGUAGCACCAUUCUCAAAGUAGUAAGUCCCAUCCAGUUGCUGACACUGCAGGGCCUGGGAGCGACAAUACAGAACCUGGCCCAAAUAGCACCGGCUGGGAGCACUAUAGUAGCCUUGCCCUGUGAGUCAGGGGACGGAGAAGAAGAGCACGCCACCAUAGAAUUGACAUCGCUUUCUGAAGACCAGAAAUAGACUUGGGAGCCCUGUUUGUGUUCAGCUCAGAGGUGCCAUGUUUCUGAGAACGGAUGAGAGCUGGAUGAACCAAAGAGGAUUUAGGGGAGGCUUUGUGUUGCACAGAACUGCUCUGCAGAUCAUUCUGACACUGGAGAAGUGACAAUGUUUUGGUGUUGAGCUCUUCCUAUGGGCAAUCGGAAAGUACUUGUAUACGCCCGAAACCUCAGUGUUAUUAAAGUCAGACACCAACAAUGUAGAUUGGUAUCGAGCAUCUCCUCUGUACUCCAAGAAUUGCUUAGGCAGCAGAUGUGGGAACAUCUGUGACACGGUGGUACCUAAAACUAAAGUUGCUUUUGAGUAUGAAGUAAUGUGUACAUAAUGGAGGCAGUUAAUAUAGGGGGACCUAUAUCCCCUUUAUGUUACAGAGGCAGGGAAUGUAGGCAGGACAUGCCGGCUGAUAAAUGGUCAGAGUAUGCUUUAACAUACACUAUGGCCGUCGUCACUGCACUUAGCUGUGAUGACAUUUUGGACCUUGAUAAAUGCUAAAAGUUGAUGGCUCUGUAAAUCAGGAACAAGUUUCUCUACCUGCUGGUGCUUGUAGUUCCUCAAUAUGCUGAUGCCUCCUUGAUGUAGAUCUUUCGGCAGGAUUGACCCUGAAACGCCUUCAGUAUUCAGCAGAUAUGUGAAGGUUUUGUCCCACGUCAGUUUUCCUUACUUAGAGUUUACCGCAAUGCCAGUGACCAUGUAAACAAGCACUGCUGUCUUCCGAUAUGAGACGGGCAAUAUUAGACAUUGGUGUCAAGGGCCAUGGUGCUCGCUUAUAGUGUUACUGUCCUUUCAUUUAAAAAAAACAAAAACUGAUCUGAUAGUGACGUCAGAAUUUUUGAUCGGUGCCUUAGCGCUCUGCUGAGCACUGCCCCCCCCCCCCCCCCCCCCUCUUUAUAUGUGAUCAGCUCUCCUCAACAAGCCAAGCAAGCAAUGUGUGGACUUAAAUACGUUCUAUGAGCCAGGUGGCAUAGUGGCCAAACCUCUAAUAGGGAAUCUGUCUCCAGUUUUAUGAUGUCCAAAUUCUGGGUUACUCUCUUUAAGACCUCAUGCACACGACCGUAUGUAUUUUGCAGUCCGCAAAAACGGAUCCGCAAAAAUUACAGAUGACGUCCGUGGGCAUUCCGUAUUUUGCGCAACGGAAC